GAGCGGUAGGCGUGGAGUUUCACUGAAUCCGAAAAAUCCGGAAUAAUGAACCGCCCAGAGGCUUUGAUCUUUGAGCAGCAAAGCUUGUAGUUGCCAGUUCUCUGGAAGCAGGCCUGGCAGUCAGCUGGGAUGGGCCACCUGUUCUCAGUAGGAUGUGUGUGACACGUUUGUGGAGAGGAAGGCUGUAAACCAAUCUCCAAGGCCAAGGCUCACUGAGUACACCUUUUGAAUGAAAGAAAGAAGAAGAAUAGGUCUUCUAAGAAGAGUAAAAUGCUCACUUCGGAUAGGCAUUCAGAAAUGUCUGCUGAUGCUGGGCUACUACCAUGUUAUCAGCAGAAGUGUGAUGGAAAAAGGCCUAUCAAUGACUCCACAAAAAAGGCACAAUCAGACAGAGAACCUACAACAUCUCCAAAGGCCUGGAGAAAUGUAGAUACAAGUUCAGCUGAGGAAGUCAGAGGCCUACCUGAUAUAGUUGUUCCUGAGGAAAAAAGCAGCGAGACCUUGAAAUGCGUGGCAGAACGACGGCAAAAGCGUCACGAUCAAGCAGUGACCAAAAUGCAGCAGGAGCUGGACUACAUUGGCAAAGAGAUGGAAGCCUCUGUUUCGGAGCUUCAAAAAUUCCUUCAAGUAAAAGUGAUGAAAUCUGAUGAAAAAAGUGAACUUCUGUUCAAAAAGAUUGUGUCUGACGCGGCUCUAGAAGGUUUCUCCUUUGAAGGUUUGGAAAAGCUGUGGAAUAUGAUUCACCAGGAAUCCUUGAACAGAAAGAAGUGGAUUAGGACAAUGGAUGAAUCCCUAAAGAAGAUUGAAAGGAGUCGAGCCUCUAAAAUAGCAAAUAUACUGAAAAAGUAUACAGUGAAAUUGGAGGAAAUUUCCUUCUUCUUGGCAGCUGAUGUUCACAAGCUCAUCAACGACGAGGCCACGAAUAUAAACCGAGCCCUGCUGGGUAAUGAGAGGGCAACUGCCAAGCUGCUCUUUAAUCUAAUGAAAUCAGAGCUUGAGAAGGAAAAAGCACAUAAAUUGAAAUGGCAAGAAAGAGUUGAGGACUGGAAGCUCAUCCAAAAGAACCGUGUAAUUCAGAGUUUCAGAGAAUUUAUGGCAAGUGAAGAAAUACAGAAUCCCCCAACUGUGAAAACAGAAAUGGAAAAUAUGAUAAAGGAGCAGACUGUACUCAGUGAGCGGAGACUGGGGGUUUUGCAGCACAUUGGCACCUUGUUGCCUCCAACAGACAUGAAAUCUGAGAUAAAUGAAUGGUACAGAACUGUGGAGAAUUUAAACCAAAGUUUAGACACCCACAAUGCAGAGUGCGUGAAGAAAAUGCGCAGCAAGUAUGAGCUGGUCCUGGGCAAAUGUCAGGAAAAAGUGCAGGUCUGCAAGAUGAGCCUGUUGGAUAUGAAUGUUUACACGGUAAAAGAUGUUGAAAUUGUGCACUCUGACAUGCUUCACAUGACUGAGAAACUAGAACGUAGGUUCGAAGAAGAACUGGAGCAUAUGGAUAGAGACUUUAAGGAGAUGGCUAAACAGCAUGAGCAGCACUGUCAAGGCUUGUACAGCUAUUUUCAGGAGGCCAUGGCCCUCUGGGAUGUCCAUAAACUCCGACUGUCCCAGCAGGAAAGUGAACUUCAGAAGAAAGUAGAUGAAUGCAGAUGGGAACAGGAUAGCAUUAUACAGAUGAUGAAAGUUGAUCUGGAUAUAAUUUUGGAAAAAAUGAAAAUGGCAAGCUGUGAAGAAGAGCUGAAGAAUUAUAUGGAGAAGGCCCUUUCUUCUUUAGAUCAUAUUAGAACUAGGAAUGAGACACUCAACCAAGUUGUAAUGGAUGAAGUAGUGGCUUACCCAGGAGCUAUUUUGCAGGAGUUGAUUUCUUACAGCAUAUCCAUCAGCCAGCAUUUUAAUGUGAAGGAAGUCUUCAAACAGAACUUGCAAGGCGAGAUAGCCUCCAUGGUUCAAGAUCAAAGUGAUACCUCAGUGGUACAAACAGGACCUGAGGUGCACCAGCAGAGAGCAGAGUGGGACAAUCGUCUCUCUCAGCCAAUGCCAGAAGAGAUAGACAGUUGUCAAGGAUCAGAUGGAGGAACAAACCCAGCUGAGCAUGAGGAGAUCUUGGCACAGGAAACUGAAGAAACAGAGGAAGAUGGAGAGAGCAUUCCUCAUAAGAGUGAAGACACUGAACUUGCAGAACAAGGGGCAGUGUUCAAUAGCAGCAAGGCAGAAAGUGCUGAAAAGGCCAUGGAAAUAUUUUCCACUGCUAGUGGAAACAUUUACACUGUCCUUGGAGUUGAAGAGGCGGGAAAGGCUGACAUCACGGAGAAUUAUUUUACAAAAUAUGAAAAGGAAGAAUCACUUCCUAUGUACCUGAAAUAUGUGCUUCUCAAAGAAACCGUGUUUGUCAAGCUGAAGAAAAAGAUUCGCCUCUGCUUUUUUGAACACUUGGAGAAAUGGUUUGCAGAAUCCUUGUCCAAAUCCCGUGUCUUCGUGGCUGCCAAGAAAGAGGAGCUGAAUUCAAUACUUCUGCUGCAUCUUCAGUUGCAUCAACAAAAGCAGGAGGAGAUACAGACAAAUAUCUACAAUGUUAGAGCUGGGGAACUGUCACUUCACAAAGAGCGUCUCGAGUGCCACUGUGAGGGGCUGGAAGAAAGCCUGAAAAAGGAGAAAGCUGAAUUUCAUAAAUUUUUGGAUCAGCUAAAUAACCUCAACAAAAACUUCGGCUCCAGAAUCCGUAACUUGGAGCAUGACUUCCUCCAUGCUCCUGUGACUGAGCAGUCAGCUUCUUCCAGGAACAAUCUGCAAUCAGAGCUCCACAAUCAUCUGGAAUCAGUUGGGGUUAUUGUGAGGAGUUACCAGCACCAUUUGGAGGAAGCUUUAGGAAAACUAAAGCGUUCAAAUGUGGAUUUUCUCAAAACUUGCAGAUUAUUUUCGGAGGGAGGUGACUUCUCUUCUGAAGAAGUAAAGUUUUUCAACAGCUGUCUUCAGAAAGAAAGUAAGCAAAUUGACUCUCUGGAAAGUUUAAUCAAGAGAGAUGUGGAGAAAAUGGAAUCAAGCUGCUUGGAGCAGGCUACUGAACUUAUCAAGCAGUCUGAAAAAAAAUUUGCUGAUGUCUCUGUGAGUCGAGCCUUUAUGGAGAAGGUCCAGAAAUCUUUGAGAUGGCUACAACAGCAAAUCAAAUCAGAGGUAGCAAAUUCCAAUUUGCAGUCAGUGACAUUAAAGUCUUACCUGGAGAAGCUCCAGCAGAAGAGAGAUGCUUGUGCUCAUCCUACUGCAGAUAAAGAAGCUUCAGCUUCUGAAGAGUUGUAUGAUUUUGCUAAAGAGGUGUUGAAAGAGCUGAAAAAGAGAAGUCAGUAUCUUGACUGCUUCUUAGAAAAAGCAAUGAUCCCACAUGCCAAUGAGGACGUUCCCACUCUUGCCAUGGAUGGGAUGUCACAAGAUUCCAUUGCUCCUGCUGUUCAAAGAGAGAGCCUUAGAGAUGAGAACAAAAGGAUGGUAAUGGGGCUGGAUCCUGAAAAAUUCCCCGUGUUAAAUCCCAGCAGGAUGGAUACGUCAGCACUUGAUGAUUUGGCAAUAAGUGUUAUCCAGAAUUUAGCUGGAUUUGUCCCGUCCAAACAAUCUCCAGAUUUAAAUCCAGAGAGAAAAGAUCGCUCGCGUUCAUUAGGACCAGUAAAGAAGAAGGUAUCCAAUGCACGUGCAGCUCAGACCACCAAGAAAUCAUCUUUGGAUGAAACGAAGCCAAAAAAAAGCGAAAAGAAAAGCACCAAAUCUGUUCCCAAGGACAGGACAUACCAGAUAUUUGAAAAGAAGCCUCCAAAGUCUGAUACUUUUAAGGGGAUCAUUAUGAAUAUUCUCUGGACGGGUAGCAACACCUUGCUUGACCUUGGUGAGGAUUUUUAUGGAGAAAAGACACCUCAGAUGGGAAUACCUAAAUAUCUGCCAGAGACUUUUGAACGUUGGGCAGAAAAGCUCAGACAGAAACUACUGUCAUACAAAAGACAGGCAGAUGAUUACUACAAUUUCUGUCUUGGAGAAUUUCGGGAUCAGCUGAAGUGGUUUGAGGAGGAGCUCUCUUCUGUCUCCCAGUUGGCAGUGGAUAGUCUUUUAAGAGAACAUGAGCAGAAACUCAGCUCUUCCACUGCUCAGAUUCAGCACCUCUUCAACAGACAGCUGGGAGAGUGGGAGGAUAUGAAGACUGUGCACCGGAGAAAAUUACAUUACUCCCUGGGACACCCAAACAACUCCCUUCAGCUGGAGGCUUUGUGCCAAGAGGAAAUAAAAAGGCAAAAAGAUCAAACUGAGGGUGUUCACCUCAACACAAAGAUGCUGCAGGACUGUGCUGCUGAGUGUGCUCAGAGCUUUUUUUCUGCACUGGCUGCCCUCACUGAAAAGCUGCUCUUGGAAUUGGAUGAAACCAUCACCGUUGAUGACAUACAAGUAGCAGACACUGAAAGACCUAGAGAGAAGAUGUCGACUUUAAUCCAUCAGAAACAAGCUGGACUUCCUCUAGAAACCUCUAAAGUUCAACAGUUAAUCAAACGAGGGAGGGGGACUUGGCCAGGAAUACCUGAGACUACUCUUCCUGAAGCUCCAGCCUAUGUUCUUUGCAGAGGAACUGCAGCGGUUUCAACAGCUCAGACUACCCUGGGCCAUCUAGCAGUGAUGGAUGCGAGACAAGCUGCAUACCAGAAAUACAAAUGUAAGCUUGAGCAGCUGUUCGCCCAGAUCAAGGAAGAAAGCGCAGCUCGGCUGCUGGCAAUUCAGCGUUGGCAAGAUUGGUGGGAACAAUCCAUCCAAAAGAUAAAGCAACUCUACCUCUGAGAUCAGUCAAUUCUUGCUGAGUCUUUGUUGGUGUAAAUUGACAAGUUUGUGCUAAUGUCAGCAAUGUUACAGAGUUAGUCCAAUAGAGUUUUUUUUCUUUUAUCUCACUAAUCUGCUGCAUUGAAAGAAGCUAAUUUUUGCCUUUUUGCAUUGUGUUACCACUCUUGUUUCCUCAUAUGUAUUUUUAAGACAAUUCAUAAACUCAUCUUUACAAUUUACAUAA